CUUCACUUAUCGACAACAGAGCGGAGGCGACACAGCCAUAACGGCACAGAUAUUUUACACUAGCAGGAAUGGCCGAAAAAGGUCCUCCUGGUGUAAAAUUGAUAGAAGUUAAGCCUGUCGCAGAUGACGGGAGAAAACUUCCUCCACUCAAAAGUAAAAACGACAACGCCGUGGAAAAGAAAACCGAAACAGAUCUUAACAAAUCCAGAUUGUUUACCCUCAAGCCACUAGAAAUACCAGAGCAUGGGAGACAACUUGCGGAAAUUGACAGUUCAUUUCGGGAGGUUGAACUGACAUGUGCGCAGCAUGUUAAAGAUCUGCCAAUCGCUAAAGACGAAACAGUCCAAGGCACUAAGGAAAGAGCAAAUGAAGAUGAGAAAGUAAAAGAGCAAAGAAAUGAAAUAACCAAGCUGAAAAGGAAAAUAAUAAAAAAGAACUCAGUUUUACAACUGGAUGUUACAAAGUUGGAUUAUUUAGAAGGAAAUAAUGAUGAGCCCAAGGAUAUCGGAGAACCUGACAGCAGGCAUGGCAAGAAGAAGAGAGCGACAAAGAAGGAAAAGGAAAAGAAAAAGAAGAAGAAAGAAAAGAAGGAACCAGUUGUGCAGGUCAUAGAAGCAACAAGGGAAACAGAGCACGAAAUAAUUGCAGCCCAAGCUCAGAAUGACGAACAAGCAGACGACAAAAAGAAAACGAGAAAGCUUCCCUGUUGUUUCGGUUUCAUUUCGACUUGGAUCGCCAAAAGAAAGCAGAAAAGAAGAGACAAGAAGAAGAAAGCCAUUGCCGACAGAUGUAGCCCGCCAAAACUUGUCCAAUAUGAACACAAGAAGGCAAAAGGAGGCGAAGCUUUCAUCAUUGAGGUUGAUUGUAGACCAAUAAUACAGAAACCACUCCUGCCACCCAUAAAACAGACUGCCGGGCCGAUACGCCGAGGAAUAGAUUUGCGUCUUCGAACUGCCGAGGCAAGAAGAGAGGAUGAAUUAGCCAAGAGACGUGAUGCUGUAAGAAAGUAUGAAAGGAAAAAGAUCGAGUGUAAAGAAAGAAAGGCAGACGCUGACUACCACUUCCGGAAAAAGGCAGGCCUUUCCAUAAGGUACAAGCAGGCCGAUGCUGAAAGGAACCGCAAUAAUCUUAGCCGUCUCGCAACGACCAGACCUACUGCAUCUAUCCAAUCAUCAUCCAGCGAAUCUGUGAUCAUCGAAAGUGACCCAGACGCUUUCAAAGUCGACGAAAUUGAUCCAGACGCUUGGAAAGUCGACGAUGUCGACUGUUUCUCUUACUAAAUUUUUAUGCCGACCGACUGCCUCCUAUAUAUGGUAGACCAUUACAAUAUGCUGGUCACGUGGGCAGGAAGAAAUAUAAUUUUAGAUGAAUUUAACGAAAACUAUUCUUAAAAUAAAGAUUUGUUUUACAAAGUAUAUAAAUUUUUGCAAUAUCUCUUUCGUUUUGAAACAAGUAGUUACUUUGUAAAUUACUUGUAGAUUUUUUUUUCGAGAUUAAAUAUCAUGUUUUCUACAGUCUUUAAAAUCAAUGUUAUUCAAAAAUUUUGGAAAAUCGAAACAAAAUAACCAUUUCCGAUCUACCUGUGUUACCAUGGUAUGGUUAUCAUGGUAAGGUAUGAUUAAUCAACAAAAAUAUUUAAAAAAAAAUAAAUAAAUAAAAAAAAACCCCAUAAAAAUAAAAAAAAAUAAUCCAAUUUCAUCUACCUUCAGGUAUGAUACACACAAAUUAAUACCAAACAUAAUGUUUUUGUGCGCUAAAAACAACACAACUAUGAUAAUUACUUUUUUUACCACUGAUU